AUGGUGAAGCUAUUGGUUUCCGACGUGACAUGGGUGGUGCUUUUGACCUUCAUGUUGACCGCGUCUGAGGGUUUCCAACUGCAGGGUCCCUCUGGUCCUCUUGCUGCCCAGCUGGGAGGCUCUGUCCUGCUGCCCUGUGCUGCUGAAUCCCCCCUGCCUCUGGAGGAGCUGGAGGUGGAGUGGAGAAGAGCAGACUCUGGUGCCCUGCUGCACCUCUUCCAGGAGGGAGAGGAGAGACCAGAGUCACAGGAUCAUGUGUAUGCGGGAAGGGUGCACUUCUUUACAGAGGAGUUUGCCAGAGGGAACUACUCUAUCAUGCUACAUAAUGUGACUAUGCAAGACGUGGGAGAUUACACGUGUAAAGUGUUUACAAAUGUAGAGUCAGAAAAUAUAAUAGUAGAGGUGUAUUUAGAAUUCCUCUUGGUGAGAGGAGGAGGUGUGGUGUUUGCUCAUGCAGCUGAUGAAGUGGUCCUGAACUGCUCUGUGGACUCCCACAUACCUGCAGACAAACUAGAGGAGGUCACCUGGAGGAGGAAAGAUCUGACAUUAGUGCUACUUUACCAAGAUGGUGAGGUUGUCUCAGAUGCUUCAGAUCCAAAGUAUCAAGUCCGGGCUCAGUUAUUCAGCGAAGAUAUCCACAAAGGUGACUUCUCAUUGAAACUGAAAGAUGUCAGGACUGAGGAUAAAGGGGAGUACAUCUGCACGGCGCAUAGUGGGGAUCUAUCGGCCAACACUACUGUGGUUCUACGGGCACUUGGCAAGAUUACUUCCUUGAAACACACAUCACAUACUUGCAUGCACACAUAUUAA